GACAGUUCCCAGGCGGAAGUGGCGCUUUAGCCAGCGCCAAUUCACCUCUGGCUCUUUCCUAAGUUGGUGCGUUCGUUAAUCGUUGCGUUGAGGAGUCGCCAAGCUGAUUUAAACUACAUUCGCCUGCGGAAUAGAGCUUUCUAUCGGGCUCUUUAAGGUAGGCUACCGAAUGGCCGAACUGAUGGACGGUGACUUGGAAGAUGGAGAAAUCUCUGGGUCCAACUCGGACACCGAAAUGGGAACGGCUGCAGCAGAACCUGACCGAACCGAGGCUUCCUCGGCUUUUAGCGGGCAGUCCUUUCAGCAACGAGCCGCCACCCGGCCGCCUGCCGCCCCAUACCGAAGCUCCGCUAAGGCGGUGGAGUCCAGCGACAGUGAUCCGGAUUCUUCAGACGAGGAUUCGGCCAUGUGGCGCCGAAAGAGACAGAAAGUGUCUGGAGCUCCACAGCAGCCUGCAGGGUCUGCUCUGCCUGGUCCGAGGCCCGUGCCCGCCCCGGGUGCGCUUGGAAGUCGCAAGGUAAACAAUAUUUGGGGUUCCGUGGUCCAGGAGCAGUGCCAGGAUGCCAUCACCUCAGAGCUAGGCAUCUUUGGUAUGGAGGGUGUCAGCAUGUCCAGCAGAAGUGUGGAGACUUAUAACUUUGUUCUAGCCCGAAAGAUGAUGGAGAAGGAGAGAGAGAUGGAGAAGCAGUCAAAGCAGGGAGAAGAGGAGACCAUGCUAGAUGCUGAACUGGAGGCCUACAUGAAGGGCCGGGGUUCACAAGAGAAGGCAGGAAAUGAUGUUAAGAGGAAAAGACCCGCCAAAGAAAGACUUGGCGCCAUAGCUGAGAUGGACAUCAAGGGUCGAUUUGAAAUCACUGAAGACGACCCCGAGGACAAGGUGGUGGACGAGAUUACAUACAGACUGCAGGAGCCUAAAAAAGAUCUGAUAGAGCGAGUUGUUCGCGUUAUUGGAUCACAAAAAGCCAUAGAACUGCUGGGUGAGACCGCCACACUGGAGGAAAACGGUGGUGUUUACACUAUGGAUGGCAGCAGGCGGAGGACUCCCGGUGGAGUAUUCCUCAACCUGCUGAAGAACACGCCCAGCGUCUCCAAGUCCCAGAUCAGGAAGAUAUUUUUUGAGGAACAUCAGAAAGAUUACAAGAGCAAGAAGGCAGCGCAGAAGAGGAGGCGGCAUGAGCUGGCUAAGAAGAUGAAGCAGGCCAUCGGCACUCUGAACCUGCAUGAGCAUGACGACGUCUCCAGGGAAACCUUUGCUAGUGAUACUAACGAGGCCUUGGAAUCUCUGGAGGAGGCGGGUCAGGAGGAGGUUGCUGUGGGAACCGAGGAGACGGCGGUGGUCUAUAACUCGACAGACCUGGAGGUUUUCUGAACACAUCCCUGUGUGUGAUCAUAGAAAACCAGAACUGAGAUGAAAAAGGAGCACUGAAAACUAAAGGAGUCAUUGAAGUCACACUGUUUGUUUGUAUUCCAUUUUUUAUUUACCUUUAGAAAUAAAAGAAACAUUAAUGCUAACAAAUGAAAAAUACUCUGUUUGUGUUCAAAAUUAUAUCCUGGAUCUGAAUUUAAAAAAAUCUUUGCUGAUUUCAGUAUAUAAAGAGGUAUUGUGUUAGUGUGUCAUUGCAGGACAAAUAAAAGAACUGUUGAAGAAAAAUGUUCAG